GGAGGAGGAGGAGGAGGAGGAGGAGGAGGAGGAGAGGAGGAGGAGAGGAGAGUGAUUCUGCAGGGAUCGCGCCGCGCGGCUCUGGACGCGUGACGUACCCGAACCGCAUCUCCAGGAUGGCAGGUCCACCUGAUGGCCAUUCGGACCGCGGUACCGGCAUCAGACCAAGGGACCUCUGAUGGACCCUGAUACCCUGCCGGGCUCCGGGACCAUAACCCGGAUGGACCCCAGAACCAGAACCCGAAUGGAGCUCAGAACAUUGACAUACAAACGCAUACACGCCCUCAUUCUGCUGGUCGCCGGCACGCUGGUUUCCACGGUCACAUCGAGCCCACCUGUUGCAGGUGUGCUGGGGUUCAACAGGACUGCGGAUUCUCCGUCACGUCCUUCAUCCCCCUCCUCUUCCUCCUUCUCCUCCCCCCCAGAUUCUGGAUACCGUGUUAGCGAUGGUGGAGCAGGCUCAGUGGAGGACUUAGACUCGGGUGCUCAGGGGAUCCACCUGCUGCUAAGACCACAGACCUCUGCCCCCCAGCCUACACCAAACUGUGAGCUCACCACUCGGACCCACUAUCACCCCCCCCCCCGCCCUGGGAGCAGGGGUCCCUCCUUAGAAGAGGCCUGGGGCUCCGGGGACUACCUGGAGACUCUGUCCUUCAUGGUGCCCGACGGGGAGGAUCUGGCUCUGGCCACACCACUACCCAACCACUCCUACGACGAGGACCCCGGGGCGGACUGGAUCUCCUAUGACUCUGCCUUCCCCGCCCGUCCCACCGCCCCCCUUUCCUCACGCCUUCCCCUCUUACCUUCCUCCUCCACCCGCCGCAUUCCCCUGCACACUCACCCCUCCCCUCCAGACAUCUUCCCCAGCUGGGACGAGGACUACGACCUGGAGGACAUGAUGCCUCUGGAGCCCACGGAGCUGCUGUUGCCAGACAUGAACAGCAUGGAGUACUACACCAACCUGCUUGCCCGGGAGAGGGAGAGGGGGGGUGGGAGGGACAGGGAGAGGGAAAGAGAAAUGGAGAGAGACCAGGACCGGUUGGAAAGGACUAACUACAAACCUCCCAUCACUCCCACAACAACACAAACCCACUGUUCAUCUUCCUCUUCGUCUCCAACCCAAAGCGCUGGUCCUCUUCCAGAAGGGCCCACCCCCCCCCUGACCACUCCUCUCACCCCCUCACUUACUCUCACAAGUGAGGAGAAGCCACCUCCACCGUCUGCUACAGUAAAAACAGAUUUUCCCCCCUACUUAGACCAGGCCACAGUGCCAGGCAAACCUCCUCCCCGCCCCCCUUCCAACACCACCGGCCGGUUGCCCCUCCCUCCCCCGCUAGGACCCCCCACCUACCCCAAUAGACCGGAGAGGCCUCCUGUGGUCUCGGAGAAGCCAGUAAAGGCUCCGUCCACGAGGACCACCACCACAUCCAUCACCAGGACCACCACCCCACAGAGCACCGCCAUCAGCCUGACCAGAGGCCCCCUGGUCACUACACCCAGAACAGCUCAGACUCCGCCCACCAGACAGUACCUUUGUAACAUCACCAAGCCAGAGAUGUACCUGGUCAGAGUAGGCAGUCCCAAAGGCUCUUCAGCAAGUUUCACUCAAGUCAAAGAUCUUCUGAAGAGAGAGUUCAAUCGAUCAGUGGAGCUCCAGUUCCUGAGAGCUCCGUCCAGCUUUGCCUUCCGGGUGGUGUCAGGUCCUUUGAUCUUCACGGCCGCCUCUGUCAUCAAUGCCCUCGGCCGGCCGGCACGCGGCCUUGGCCCGGUCCCCCCCGUGUCUCCGUUCUACGCCGUACCCGACCUCCGUUACCAAGUCCAUUCUGUGCUACAGCUUGUGCCCCCCCACCUGGACGUCAGGCUCUGUGACUUCAGUCAGCGGGUGGAAAGAGGCCUGAAAAUGGCCUUCACUGAGACCCGGAGAAGAGCCCUCCAGCCCGGAACCGUGACCAUGCAGCUUUUGAACAUCACCACAUCUGUGAGCCGCCCCCCCGAGCAGAGAACUACCGUGGACAUUGCCUUCGCGGUGCGUGAUGGCCGGGACUACCUGCCGGGGUCAGAGGUCAGCGAGCACCUCAGGAAGCUCAGCCUAGUGGAGUUCAGCUUCUACGUUGGGUUUCCUGCCCUUCAGAUCGCAGAACCGCUCCACUACCCUGAGCUGAACACGUCUCACCAGCUGCGCUCCACAUGGGUCCGAACCGUCCUGCUGGGGGUUCAGGAGCAGCUGGUGGCAGAGAGAAGCUUCAAAGCUCGCCUGGAGAGACGUCUGGCUCUACUGCUGGAGGAGAGUCUGCGGGUCCCCAGCAGGGGGCGCUGGAGGAGAGCCACGGUUGUGGGCAACUCCAGUCUGCAGGUGGUGCGGGUGGCAAGGCUGUUGGGGACGGAACGUCCUCUGGAGGUCUUCUACUUUGUGGAGGGUCCAGGUGGGGAAAGGAUUCCAGCAGAGUCCACAGCGGUCACCCUGAACCGCCUCGACCUUCAGAGGGCCGCCAUUGUCCUCGGACACCGCGUGCAGAGGCCCAUUGCCCAGCCUGUGGAGACCCUGACCGUCCCUCCAGCAGAGACUCAGAGCAGCAGCAUCUGGCUGAUCAUCGGUGUGGUCGUCCCCGUCCUGCUGGCCCUCUUCAUCAUCGUCAUCCUUUACUGGAAGCUGUGUGGCUCAGAGAAGCUGGAGUUCCAGCCGGAUGCCAUCAACACGAUCCAGCAGAGGCAGAAGCUUCAGGCUCCGAGCGUCAAAGGCUUUGACUUUGCGAAGCUGCACCUGGGUCAGCACAGCAAAGACGACAUCAUGGUGAUCCAAGAGCCCGGCCCGCUACCCCCCCCCACCAAAGAAACCCCGCCCUCUAACGGUGGGGAGCUCAACACCCCCAAAUCUAAAAGCUCGUCCACAAAGGUGGCGCCAACCAGCCGCCGCCUGGGCAGACUCAGCCCAUCAGAUGGAGACUCGUUAGGCAGCGACCAAUCAAGCGGCAGAGAAUCAGCAGAAGAAAGCACUCGACCUGUGGCCACUCCCACUGAGGGGAAACGUCACAGGAAGACGCCCAAAAAUGGGCGGAACAAACUGGCUGGUGGAGCAGAAGAGCUUCUGUCCUCGUCCUCCAUCUUCGACCACGUAGACCGGCUGUCCCGCGGUUCGUCUGAUGGAACCCGUCGUCAGGCCAACAAGGUGCAGCUGAUUGCCAUGCAGCCGCGGCCCAGCCCGCUGCCGCAGCACGCCACGCCCCACCUGAGCCCCACCCUGACCGAGAAGGUCAGCACAGAGGUGGCGCUGAGGCACAAGUCUGAGAUCGAGCACCACAGGAACAAACUCCGGCAACGCGCCAAGAGGCGAGGCCAGUGUGAGUUCCCCUCCAUGGACGACAUCAUGGACGCCUUCGGAGAUGGACCUGUGCAGAGCGAGGUGGCGCAGCGUCUCUACAGCUCCGCCCACGACCACAUGGACUGCAUCCUGCAGGCCGACGACCACUCGCCCCCCACCUGCUCCCGGAGGAGAGGUAGGCGCUCUCCUCGAAGUCGCCGAACUCAGCCAGGACCCGGAAGUCUUCCUGAUACGGACCUAGACCGUCUGCUCACCGAUCACAGCGCCACCUACAGAAAAUACCCGGGACUUAACAACGUGGCCUACAUGUCGGACACUGACCUUCCACCAGACCACGGCAGCCCCUCCCCCACUGACGAGGUGUUUGACUCAGCCCCGCCGCCCUACAUGCCCCCCCAGCCCUCGAUCGAGGAGGCCCGGCAGCAGAUGCACUCCCUGCUGGACGACGCUUUCGCACUGGUGUCGCCUUCCUCGCAGGGCAGCGGGAUAAGCCCCGCCCUGCCGGGCCACUCCCCCCAGGCCCGCCCCCCUGGCAGACAGUGGGGCUCUUACCCAGCAGCCCCCUCUCAGAGCCCCUUCUCUGCUAGAUACGCAGAGCUGGGAAUGUCACCAACAUCGGUCCAGGGUCUUCUGCACAGGCAGGGUCUAAGCUCAGCAGGAUAUAUUUCCACUGGAGACCAGCUGCAGGAAUCGGUCUACUCCAACAGAGCACAGUACGAAGACCCCCCCUCCUCAUCCAGACCACGACCGGUGGGGGGAAGCACAGGUGCCCAGCUCCACCAUCUGACCCAAGUGGGUUUGUCCAGUCAGAUCAGUGUGUACCCGGGGGUGGGUCGCAGCAUGUCUGGUCCCACCGGCUCCAGCUGGAACCAGCGCCAUUCAGACCAGGACCUCUCCAGACCCGGAGCCAGCAAAGAGAGUGUGCUGUCGUUUCCUGAGUUCUCUUCUUCAGUUUUCCAGAUGCCCAGCUCCUCGUUACGGGAUCCCUCAGCUCCGCCUCUCCUUCUUACAUCGCCGACUCCUGAGUACCCACCGGAGGACGCCUCCCCUUCCGCCCAUACCUCUGCCUCCCUUAUAAAGGCCAUCAGGGAGGAGCUGCGACGCCUGGCCCAGAAACAGACUGCGGUGACCAACUAUCCUUAGACUGGUCUGGACCCGCUUGGAUCAGACUUCAACUUGUUUCAGCCACAUGCAAAAAACAAAGAGCCUGCAAAGAUGGGAUUAAAAGCGUUUAACUAAGUGAUCCACAUUCUGGACUCUCUUGAGCUAAUCUACAUCUGUGCCGCUAAACUCAAGACGACGCCGGGCCAGAAACCCCACGUGAAUAAAAGGACAAUGUCCCCUGACUGAAAGAUCUCCGGUACUUUACACGGUCCCGUCUUUCUGCUUGUCAUCCUUCAGCUCAGCUUUUCAUUAGACAUUAGAGUUUCUCUACACAUUUCCAUUGAAGUGCUUCCUGGAGUGGAUUGUUCGAUGAUCAUCCUUUCCAAACCUUUAGAGCAGGUCAUCCUUCUUGACCACCUCGAGAGGAUGGUUGCUUUUAGCUUUUUGGAGGGGACAAUCUCUCUGGGAUUUCUGAUUAUCUUAUCUGCCCUAGCCCUUCUGGAUUCAUCCUUUCUGAACCACUGGAGUCAUUAUCCCGACCAUCUGAAGGUAAUAUUCUCCCAGACUAUUCCAUCUAAACCAUCUGGAGUUCUGCAGUAGAUGCUCCCUUCUGGCCUUCUGAAGAGGACAUUGCCUUCUUAACUUAGUUCAUCCCUCCUGCAGUAGUUUUCCCCCUAUUGGCCUUUUGGAGUAUUACCUUCUGGAGUGGCCAUUUAGUCCUGAAAUUCUGGAAUGAGUCAUCUCCUUACCUUACCUUACCUUCCAGAUGCAAUUGAUCCUUCCUGGAGUUCUGCAGUGGAUGUUCCCGUCUGACCUUCUGAAGAGGACAUUCCCUUCUUAAAUUCUGAAAUAGACCCUCCCUCCAAGAUGGUCUUGAGUUGAACAUCCUUCCAGAUCUUCUGGACCAGAUUGUCUCUCCUCACAUUCAAGAAGCAAGGAUCCAUCUUGGAGUUCUGCAGUGAACGUCUCCUGAUCCUCUGGAAUCGAUUAUGCCAGAAUGUCUUUCCUCCACUGGAUUGAAUCCUCCCUCCUUUGUAAGUGGAUUGCCCUUCUGGAUCUCCUGUGGUGCUAACAGCCAGCCUCAUGCUAUCUCCUCAUUGACCACUUAUUGCCUUCCACACUCCCAUCAGCCACGGGGAUCAGGUCUCCGUUUAUGAACUGCAUAAAUUAGGUCUUUGCACUGUCAACAGUUCUUGCAGAACGAGGAUGCAAAACCGGAAUAUAUAUAUGAAUACAUAAAUAUCUAUAUGAAUUAAUGAGUAUUUGUAAAGAGAUAGAAUCACAGAGAGCACAAUAUUAAUGUAAGAGUUAUUAUUGGAGUGUUGAGACGUUACUUAUUUUUAUUGCUUAUAUAUGAAAGUAUGUUUUGAAUAUUUUAUUUUAAUGAAAAAAAAGACCCAACUACUGUUCAAUGGUUGUAUUCUUCUUGUGUUUGAGCUCUCUGCGGAAACGUUAUUUAUUGUAGCUGCUCGCUCGUGACUUGCUGUAUUGGUGGCAAAAAAGUUAUCUUGCUAAUGCUUUUCUUUACUACCCAGUUUAUUUGUUGCUGAUUUGUUGCAUCCGUCAAUGUCUGAGGGAUAAACGAGUUCAUCAAGUUACAGAUGGGUAAAAAUAAAUGGGAGACCAGUCGUUCACCUCAACCAGAAACUAAAGGUGUAAAUAAUCACCCUGAGGACAAAAUAUGGACUAUGUUCAAUAAAUAACAUCCUUAUAACUAACUAAAGGUUUCAGCAAAGCUGUUGACAUUGGCUGCCUCCGUUCUGUCCCCCUCAGGCUAUUAUGUUCAUUACACUCCAGGAAAACAACUUUAUUACAGCCCCCCCGUUGACCGUACCGUUCGGACCGUCAGCGCCACCACCACCGUAAUGGUCUGGCCCGCGUUCGGUCGAAGUGGGCUGCAUCUGGCCCGCACCUGAUUUCAGUUUGAGACCCCUACUCUAUAUUCUCACAUCCACUAGGAAUGAUGGAUAGUCUUGUUAAGUUACGUUAAGAGGACCCCGAACAUUUAGAUCCAUCCUUACUCUUCAGGUGCUGGUUGAGCUGCUGUAUGACUGCUUCCUCGCUCUGGUGGUUGGCUGUUUCCUCUGCAGUGUUGUAAAGAAGAUGGUCGCUCCUGAAAUCUGGUUUUGAUACAAGAGGGUUUGUUCGCCUCUGCUGUUUUUCGGCAUGUUUGACUCAGUUUGAGGCUUUCGCUUCUUGUGAUGUUCCAGUUAAUGUUUAGCAUGCUGCUAAAAGAUGUUUAAAACAAAGUUAAAACAAGUUUAAAGAAAGUAGUAAAGAUUUGCUCCACGUCAAGUUAAGGCUGAACAGACUGUGAUUAAUCCCAGAACCACAAAAUCAUCACUCAUCCAGUCAUACUAGAAAAAAAAUGAUAUUUCCUUUUUUUGCAUUUGCAAAAUAUAUUUUUAAAAGUGUAACGAAAAUGGUUCCAGUCAACAGUAUAUAAAUGGAAGUGAAUAUGGUGUUAGAUAUCUAGAAAGUAAUUACGUGUCUGCGGACUCUGCCGGGCUUCUGUGCCAACACAUCCUUCACUGGCAGAGGACUCUCUGAUUGGACCUAGCACUCGUCAGUCAAGCUCUAUGACACCGCCUACAUGAUCACAUGGUGCUAACCCAAUACUUCGGGUGUGUCUACACAAACAAAGCACACAAAGGUUGAACUCUGAAGGUGUUGUGAUCAAAGAAAGAAGUGAAACCUGUUAAACCUGCAGGUUCCACUUAGUUCUGCUGAUGAAUGUCCCCUCAAUGUUUUCUAUAGUUUCAGUUUUUUUCUAGAUCUGUGAUGCUCAGUGAGAAUCCGUCUCUGUGGGGAUGUUUGCUUAUGACAAGAAAACAGAUUUACUCCGAUGCCCCACCCAGACUCACCUGAAGCUUGACCCACCUAAUACCAGACUCACCCGUACCAGGCCCACCUGGUACAAUGCUCACCUGAUGCCAGACGCACAUAGUACCAUACCCACCUAGUACCGGAACCAGACUCACCUGAUACCAGAUAUAUACAUAGUACCAGACUUAUCUGAUACCAGAUUCAUUCGAAGCUGGAGACUCAGCUGGUACCUCCAUGUACCGAGCGGAUGACAUGAUGAUUACAUUAAUCUGGUAAACAGCUUGUUUAUAUAUAUAUACAGAUGUAUAUAAAGAAGAUACAGGAAGUCAUCAGUUUGGAUGUUUUCAGUUCUCCAUUGAUUAAAUGUUUGUCAUGAACAAACAUCGCUUCAAAACCACAAUCCUGUUCAUCUUCUCUGACUCUGUUUCAACACGAGGCUGCUUCACCGUGUUCGGACCCAGAACAGGUGAUGAAAUCAGAUUCUGUGCAAGACAAUACUGCGGCUGCGAUGACAUCAUACACCUGUUGUGAUGACAUGAGACCCGUUCCAGUCUGGUGAGGGCUCUCUUAAUGUUAACUGACAUAGAAUCAGAGCCGUCUCAUCUGCUCCCUAGUGAUCAGCUGAUCUGACUUGUCACAUGACAGGACUGUGACCUGAGAUCUAAAAGGUUGUGAUAACAAACAUUAAAAAUAUGUGUUUCAAUUUG